GGGGCUCCUUAAAACCGCCAGUCCUGCUCUCAGGAUCAGUUCAAGACCUGCAGGACACUUUGUGUGAGGAGAGACUGGACUGGACUUUACCCUGAGGAACAUUCAGAUUAUUGAAGUUACACUUCUGAGAUUUUUCAGGACUGAAUUAUCAGAAAUCACUGGAAUAAUGAAGUCUCCAAAGCUGAGAACCAAAGGUAAUAAUAUCACUUUUUAUUUCUCGUGCGUAAAAAUGUGUUUUACGCAUGAGAAAUGCUUUUUUUUUGUACUUUGGAAAGUAGUAGUAUUAUCAUGAUUGUGCAGUAGGCAAGUUCUCACCUGUUCGGUCAGAAAUAAAUAUCUCAAAGACUAAAACACAUGUUCCUACUCUGUCAUAAUUCUCAUUUCUGUGAUUUUUCCUGCAGCGAAGUUCGUCAACGAGGAGGACCUGAACGACGUCCUGUGCGAGUUCGACGCGGUGAUCGAAGACUUCACGUCGCCGGUGGAGAAGCGUCACUUCAGGUACGACGAGCACCUGAAGACGGUGAAGAGGAGGAGCUGCGCCAGCGUCAGCGACAGUGGCAUCAGCGACUCAGAGAGUGAGUUUAUGAAGAUUACACAAUAGAGUGGGGGACAAAAGUCAACCUGACGAGGGAAAUAUUGUCCAUUUGCUCCUUUUGCAUUUACAAAGCCCAAUAGAAGUGCAUUCAGACUCAUGUUGUCUCAAUGAAAUAGUCUCCCUUGACUCUAAAGGGGAGCCUGAAUGGAGAUCAGGCUCUGCAGAAAUAUGAAGUUAUUUCAGCCACUUUAAAAACUCUGCUUCAUGCAUGUCAUCUCUGCUUAAGCUUCCUUCUCCUUUGCGUGCGGUUUCUUAUCAUGUGUCAUCUGGAUAGGCUGGCACACUGUUGCACAUGCAUCCAUGCAUGUACGCCUGCACAUGCAAUUAUGCCUGAACUCAGAGAGGAGAGAGAUACGAGGAACACUUGAUCUCAGUCCAGAGAUUUAGGCGUCUGAUCGAGCUGCUGCUCCAAGUUUUGGCUCAUUUACCUGCAGAUUGUGGCAGCGAUUCCAAAUUUUCAAAGCAUGUAUUCCUAUUUUAAGUCUCUCUAGAGCUGCAGAGCCAGCCUCAGGGUGCAGAAAUGUGUUUGCUGCUAAUGUAGAUGUGGAGAAAAGUUUGCUACAGGUCCCCUUGAGAUCAGGAUGUCAAGAGGAUAAUGGGGGAAAAAUCUGAAUUGUUUCUGGAAAGGCUGAAUUAAGAGCGUAGAUUAGAUGAUCUAGACCUCCAUCACACAUGCGGGAGAGAUUGAAGAGAGCUCUUUUCUCAACUUAGAGACAUAAAUUUCACCAAAGAAUGUCUGUAAUGCAUGGUUACUUUGGUUCCAGCGGUUUUGCAAGCGUAUCAUCUGCUCCUGCGGUGUUUACUACACCAGCUAGGACUUAUAUCAUUACAGCCUCACCACUAAUGACCCUGCAGUGAUCAUCAUCUGUGAUAAUAGUAGGGGGAGGUGUUCGAACCUGUGUCUGCGGUGCUAAUGAGCCUGUUGAUUUGCUGAAGGAUCAGAUUCCUGCAGGAGCUUCGUCCUCUCCAUGGAAGUCCAAUGAAGAGAGACCUGUCCCACGCAGGGGCUGGCUAUUGUCCCGCAGCCUGAUGGAUGGACAGGCUGUUGGACAUGCAGAUUAAUGACAAAAACUGUCCGGAGAGACUCCAGAGAGUGAGAGAAAAUCGAGUGAAACUGAGAAAUAGAGUUUCAUGGCCGAGUCAAACGGCUCUGUGUGUGAGGCGUCUCCAAUCUCCUGCUGUGUGUGCAGCGCUGAGUGGUGGGAGUGGCACAGGUCAGAUAAAGGGGGAGUAAGUGGAUCGACAUCUGAGACAGAGUUAAGGUUCGCGGCAACUUUGUGCAGAGGAGAGAAAGAGGCGAGGACAGCUGUGAGUGCUGCCUAAUCUGCUCUCUGUCACACGCACUUAGUUCAAGCUCACAGAGAUUUCAUGCACAGGGCUGCUGAGACUUUUUGACAGAAGGUUUAACUCUGAAAAAGCUGGUUUUACCUGGUUAUUUUACAUAACAUUAAUCCAACAACAUCUAAGGUUCAAAUUGUUUGAUAUGUAGAAAAGUUAAAAAGACAAGUGUGGACGAUAAAAAGAAAAUAAAAGCAAUGUAAACAAACUUAAAAAAGUUAAAAUCAGCCAAGCCUCUGAUCCUUUCUUUGGACAUCUCCUGCAGUCUUUAAAUCCAAAAGAACAGCUGCAAAAGUCCCCUCACUUUUCUCUCUUCUUCUUCAUUUUCUUAGCAGACAAUCAGACAGUGAAAAUAUGUUUUGUGGCGCUGCAAAAAUAUGACCUGGCAGGCUCCAACUGGCCAUUAUAUCACUUACGUAACCCUGCAUUCAGAGUUUGGGGAGCUCAGAAAAGAUAGAAACUGCAGCCUGCUCUGCACUUGCAUCACUUGAGAAACGUGUCAGAGAUAAAUCUUGUUUAAAAGCAAAGUCGACUCUCUGUCCUGUCAUAAUAUUGUCACUGGUGGAGGUUUAGUCGCUGAGUUGGAGCGUCAGAAGUUAUUUGAGUUGAGCCGAGCUUUUGCAAAAGGAAGAUUUCACAUGCAGGUUUGGUUUUGGGGCCUUGAUUUUGGAUUGCUUGGGGAUAUUUUGAAGUAUGUGUUUGUGUGUUUAUGCACCUCUCUGCAUGUGCAAAUACAAGCACAUGCAUGUGAGUGACAGGCUGCAGAGGAGGCCUGUCAUUAGAGGAGAAUGUGAUGAUUACACGCUGGAGCUGCUCCACUGACACAGAUCGAGAUGAGUGUCGUGUAUACACACACUUUGAAGGUGGACACUCUUCUGAUCUAAUUUGUCUGAAUUCGUCCCUCCUCUCUUUCUCUCUCCGACAGGUGCAGAGUCUCUCAACAGGAACAGCUUCAGCUUCAGUGACGAGAGGCUCAACUCCCCCACUGUGUUCUCCCCCACCAACUCCUCACCCCCUCUGAUGUCACCAAAACGUGAGAAACACUUCUUGUUCUUAUCUCAAGUAAACAGUGUGAUGUUUAUGUAUCAUACUUGAGUGCUCGGAUACAUCAGAGUCAGAAUAGUUUAUUUAUCCCCAGGGAAGGAAAUUCUGUAAAUUUAUACCGACGCUCAUGCAGAGCUGAGCUGCUCCUGUGCACGAGUGUAUUUAGACAAUAAUACUACUCCUACUUUUUGAACCAUGGCUGCGUCUAGAGGUUUUUUACAUUUACAUAAACAAUGCAGAGGUCGUUUUAUCAUAUAAAAGGCGGCUUGCAUUCAGUUGCACAAAGAUUUAAUUUAGAGGGAAGAGCUGCAGGGCUGGCACUGUAUGCAGGAAAUACAUGAAAAGCCAAUAUAUCUCUGCGCAAGUGCAGAGUUUAUGCAUGAGCAAGAACUAAGAGUGAAUCAAAAGGGUCAAUCGUUCAAGCAAGCUAAAAGCUGUUUGAUCAUCCAACUACGUAAAACAAGAAAUCCAGUUGUGCUCGACCUUGCAGACUGAGAUGAUUUAGAUGAACUUGAGUCUUGUAAACUGAUCAUGAAGACAGUGAUGGUUGAAAUCCUUGCCAUCCUCAUCUGGAAUCUCUCUCUCUCUCUCUCUCCUCUUGCAGCCAAACUGGGCGACACUAAAGAGCUGGAGGACUUCAUCGCCGACCUCGACAGGACAUUAGAGAGUAAGUGCUAAUGCAGCCGAGCUGUCAGAGCUUCUGAUGAAUUAGCCCGAGCGCCGGCGCCACCCGCUACUCAGGAUUAACACGGCGUUUGUUCCCUGUGUCAGCUAUGCUAAAGACCACUCAUAAAGUGACACAGAAGCCCCUCCCCUCAGGUUUCUUAGAAACAAUGAUGUGUCGGGGAGGGAGGAGGCGAGGAGUGUUAUGUGGACCAUGAAGGCCUCUCCAUUAAGCAUAUCUUUUUACACCUGUCAGUCACUCCUGAAUAAGGGGGCUCAUGCAGUUUGCACAUGCCAUAUAGCAACGUUAAUGCAUACCCUUGUCUACUCUUGUAUCUUCAUGUAGAGAGGUACAAAUGCUUAGUUUGAGUACUUAGGUUACAUUUUUCUUGCAACAUUACACUCUCUUAAAGGCUGGCUUCAUCAGAGCGAUUAGAAAUGAAGAAGAAAGGCAGAAAAUCCUGAAAACUGAACUGAAGUUCAUGUGCCUCAAAAGGUCUCUGAAAUAUGAAACCAACGUUAAAUAUCAGCAGUGAUUUCUGUGGGGCUUGGGUCGCACAUUUCUGUCCAAACCCAACCUAGAAAUGUAUCUCUGCUUGAGCUCAUAGAUAUUAACUCCUGAAGCAAAAUGCUGCUGUUUAUCUCCCAUAAUGCUUCAGUGGUUGACAUUCAGGGCUGACUUGUGCUUGUGUUUGAACUUGCACCAGAGUCGGAGGAAUGUGUGCCGCCGCUCAGAUUCUGACUGUAAAUGUCAGGACUGGAAUGAGACGGAGCGGGAGUUGUUUCCAUGUUUUUUCCUCCCUCCUCUCUGUCCCGCUCUGCUGCCGAAUGUCUGUCUUUCACAAACCCUCUGUAAAAAAAUGGGACAUUCAGCGAACCCGUCAGGCGGCCUCUUGUUAGCCCUGCAGAACGGCGUGUUUAUUAGGGCCAGCGGUGUUUACGAUGAGCCCGCCGCUCUGAGAAUAGAGCCCAGGAGCCAGAAAGUCCCGCUCUAACCGGCUCUGUCUGUCUCUGUCCUCAGGCAUGUGACCAGGAGGUUCGAGGCAUCCUGGAGAGCAGCCAUGAGGGGAAGGAGGAGUGUAUGUCUGGACCCCCCCCGAGCAGCAACGCCCGGCUCCUACACCCAAAAAACACCCAACAGGAUACAGCUGGAUCACAGCAACGUCCACCCGGCUCCACUAAAUUUAACUCGCCACCGCUCUACUAACUCCAACCACCUGGAAACUGGGUUGUAAGGGCUGCAUGAAGGGCCAAAAUUAGCAAAGCAGGGCGAGCUGUGAUGAAAUGGACUCCAUGAGAGAAGAGAAGAGGAUUUAACGCUGCAGAGUCACUGGAACAUUUACUGUCAGAUCACAUCACAGAGCAGGACACACUCCGACCCCAGAGCUGGAAGAGUAUUUAAAAAUAGCUUUUUAUAAUAGAAAUAUAUUUGUAAUUUUAUAGAGCUCCUUAUUGUCUGUAUUUGUGUAAAAUAUAUUUUUGUAUCUCAUGUAAAUAAUAAUAAUAAGUCUAUUUGCCUCCGUAUUAACAGAACGUAACUGGAGUAACCUAAACUCACUCUGGAGAAAACUGGAAAGCAAUAUGUGUAUUUAAUACAGCUAAAGUCUGCCAGAGAUGUAAUUAAAGUAUGAAAUGUUUUUCUUUUACUAAGAAAA